UGGCAGCCUGACAUGCAACAAAGUUGUGAAGAGGAUGCGACAAUAGAUGUUAUGAUUAGAUGAUGAAAUUAACCGGAAAUAGCAACACAUUACAUGAAAACUUGUUCAAUUCUUCAGAGAAUUUAUGCUGCAAUGGUGAACGACAUUUUACUUCAAACCACAUCUCUUCAAAUUGUGUUUUUCAUAUUUUACAUUAUAGUAUUUCUGGUUGGAAUUAGCGGUAACUUGCUAGUCGUUUUUGUUGUCCUUCGAAAGAAGGCAAUGCACAGUAUAACAAACAUUUAUAUAGCUAAUCUAGCUACAUCUGAUAUUAUGAUGGGCUUAUUUGCUAUUCCUUUUACGCCUUUGCAAUUUUUUAUGAAAUCAUGGAUUUUUGGAGAGUUUUUAUGUGCUUUUUUGCCGAUGACGAUGAGUAUAUUAGUAUACGUGUCAACUCUUUCAUGUACAGUGAUAGCCGUGCUCAGGUAUUUUGCCAUUGUUUACCCUCUUAAACCAAAAAUAGGACGAUGUACGUGUUUCGUUAUCGUAGUUUUCAUUUGGUUUUUGUCCAUGGCCAUUUCAUGGCCUUUGGAUAUUUCAGUAAAAACAAUAAUUGUGAAUGAUACUGUGCUGUGUGUAGAAAAAUGGCCGAAAUGGCAGUCUCGACAAUUCUUUACUUUUACAAACAUCAUACUUCAGUAUUUGAUACCAUGCAGUAUAAUUAUAUACUGUUAUGUGAAAAUUUCACUGGCAUUGGACAGACGUUCAAAGUCUCAUGUUGUAAGGAAUAGCACAGAUUCUGAACGCGAACAAAGAGAAAUACAAAGGAAACGCCGGACUAACAAAAUGAUGAUUUAUGUUGUUUCGAUAUUUGUCGUCUGCUGGAUGCCAUUGAAUCUAUUCCAUAUCAUAUCAGAUUUCCAUCAGACAUUUAAAUAUUCCCCGUACAACAGCCUGAUUUUCUUCAUAGCCCACCUAGUCGCUAUGAGUUCUACAAUUUAUAAUCCAUUUAUAUACGCUUUCAUGAGCGAAAAAUUCAGGACUGAAUUCAAAGCUUUACUAAGUUGCUGCCUGUUUUGUAAAAACUAAAAACCCGAUGUAAAUAUAUUGUAGGAUGGACUUUCAAUUUAGUGCCACGUAAUUUAGGAUUUAUAAUCAAAAGUUUAUUAUUUCAUGUAAGUAAACUGUGUCAUACAUUUCAUAUAGUUGUUUAUUUUUUCCAUAUCCAUACAAAAUGACACUUCUUUAGCGAAAGAACGGAAUGAUUACA